UGACGUUUCUGUUUGUGAAAUGGUCAAAAACUCUAAAGUCAAGUACCAGCGCAUACUUGAUCACGUCGUUGUCGGUACUCCCGGCUCGCUCCUUGAUGCUAUGCGUCGUGGCUACCUCGAUACGAAUGCCAUCAGAACUUUUGUAUUGGAUGAAGCUGAUAACAUGCUAGAACAAUCCGGUUUGGGCGAUCAAACAAUCCGAAUCAAGAAGCUGAUCAAGGCCUCACAUGAAUAUCAAAUCAUGCUAUUCUCGGCUACUUACCCUGAACACGUCAAAAGGUUUUCUGAAGAAUUCGUGCCAAGAUCAAACCAGAUUUUCAAGAGAAGGGAAGAGUUAACGGUGGAAGAAAUCCUUCAAAUAUGCAUUGACUGCGACACUGUAGAUCAGAAAUAUGAUCUUCUUUGUGCAUUGUAUGACUUGUUAACAGUAAGCCAGAGUAUUAUAUUUUGCCAAAAAAAGCAAACAGCUGAUGAAAUAGGUCACCGAAUGAAAGAAGAUGGCCAUAAUGUCAAAGUGCUCCAUGGCAAUCUGACUCCUGAAGAACGAGACAAUAUCAUUGAUGAUUUCCGUAAAGGGAGAUUCAAGGUCCUGAUUUCUUCCAAUGUCCUUUCUCGUGGAAUUGAUAUAACGCAAAUCUCACUCGUGAUUAACUAUGAUUUACCUAUUAAUUAUAUGGGACAAGUUGAACCUGAUGUUUACUUGCAUCGUAUUGGAAGAACCGGAAGAUUUGGUCGCCGUGGUGUCUGUGUCAACUUUGUUCAUGAUAGAAACAUGUAUCUUGCUAUAAAGGAGUUGGAAGAAUGUUUUCAGACAAAAAUGCUUCAUAUAAGUGGUAAUACCGAACUUGAAGAAUUUCAAAAGAUUCUCAAGAAGAUCUUGUGAGAAAAUAUAACGCUUCUCCUUCAAAACGCAUAUUGCAUACGUCGGAAAUUCUUGUCAAAAUACACAAAUACUAUAUCUCUUUGAGAUAGAUAAAUUUAUUUCGUUGCAAAUGUUCAACAAAAGAAUUAAGAAAGACCAUCAUCAAUAAACAUCUUCCUUUAUGUUCUUUACAUUAUAAAAAAUGCUAUAUUCCUCGAAAAAAGAAAUUAAAGGAAGCAAAAAGGCUUCGACACAUGUAAAUAAAUUCUGCUUGACCAUAUAAGUUAAAUGAAAAACAUUCAAGACAAAAAGACAAAAGAAUUCGAUCAACACUUGUAAUUUUUUUGAAUGUUUGUGUUUACGGAGACUCUCUCCACAGGAGCUUUAACAUUGGCAAUA